AUGGAACAAAGCCAAGAACAACCAGCUCAGUCGUCACCAUUAAAAACACAGGCGGCACUCAGAAUUGAAAAGUCACAGCACGCUACAUUAUCAAGGAAAUUUAUCGACGUCAUGAAUGCGUAUAAUAAUGCACAAAUCGAAUAUCGUGAACGUUGCAAAGCGCGAAUACAACGUCAGCUAGAAAUCACUGGACGCUCAAUAACCGAAGGUGAAGUGGAAGAAAUGUUAGAAAGUGGAAAUCCGGCAAUUUUUACUGCAGGAAUUAUGGUUGAAACACAACAAGCUAAGCAAAGUUUAGCAGAUAUAGAAGCACGUCAUCGUGAUAUUAUUAAAUUAGAAAAUAGUAUUAAAGAAUUACAUGAUAUGUUUAUUGAUAUGGCUAACCUUGUUCAAACUCAGGGUGAAAUGAUCGAUCGUAUUGAGUAUAACGUUAUACAAUCCGAAAAUUUUGUUAAAAUCGCUAGUACUGAUACUAAGAAAGCAGUGAAAUAUCAGAGUGCUGCUAGACGGAAAAUGAUUAUAAUCAUAAUAAUUGUAAUCGUUGUUAUACUUAUUAUCGUAUUAAUUCUCGUUAUUUAUUUUACAACACAAAAGAAAUCAUAG